AUGUGAAUUAUUAAAAAGAAAAUGGCCCAACGGAGCACUGUAUUUCCUUCUCUUGUCACUGAGGAAAGGUAUAAUAUAUGGAAAAUAUGCAUCUAAGGCGAGUUAGAACCAUGCCCCGACACAGCCAGUCCCUGACCAUGGCCCCUUACUCAUCCGUAAGCCUAGUGGAGCAACUGGAAGACAGGAUCCUCUGCCACGAGAAAACCACCGCCGCCCUCGUGGAGCACGCCUUCCGGAUUAAAGACGACAUUGUCAACAGUUUGCAGAAAAUGCAAAACAAAGGGGGAGGUGACCGCUUGGCCAGGCUUUUCUUGGAGGAGCACAUCAGGAACAUAACUGCCAUAGUGAAGCAACUAAAUCGGGAUAUUGAGGUACUCCAGGAGCAGAUCCGUGCCAGGGACAACAUUAGCUAUGGAACUAAUUCUGCCUUAAAGACCCUGGAGAUGCGUCAGCUCUCUGGUUUGGGAGAUCUUCGAGGAAGAGUGGCAAGAUGUGACGCCAGCAUAGCCAGGCUCUCUGCAGAGCACAAAACGACCUACGAGGGGCUCCAGCACUUGAACAAAGAGCAGCAAGCUGCCAAACUUAUCCUGGAAACAAAAAUCAAAGAUGCAGAGGGACAGAUUUCUCAGCUUCUGAACCGAGUGGACUUGUCAAUAUCAGAGCAAAGCACCAAACUGAAGAUGUCCCAUAGAGACAGUAACCACCAGCUUCAGCUUUUGGACACUAAGUUUAAAGGUACAGUUGAGGAACUCAGUAACCAGAUUUUAUCAGCACGAAGUUGGUUGCAACAAGAACAAGAACGGAUAGAAAAAGAACUUUUACAGAAAAUUGAUCAGCUUUCCUUGGUUGUUAAGGAAAACAGUGGAGCCAGUGAAAGGGACAUGGAGAAGAAGCUCAGCCACAUGUCAGCCAGACUGGACAAAAUAGAAGAGGGUCAAAGGAAGCCUAGUGAAGGGCAGAGGACAAAGCAGGACGAGGAGAAGAUACACGGGCGCAUCACCAAGCUGGAGCUGCAGAUGAACCAGAGCCUAAAGGAAAUGAAAGCAGAAAUUAAUGCCGGGUUUACAGCCAUCUAUGAAAGCAUAGGAUCCCUCAGGCAAGUUCUCGAAGCCAAGAUGAAACUGGACAAGGACCAGCUACAGAAGCAAAUCCAACAAAUGCAGAAGUCGGAAGCUCCUGUGUGAAGGGAGUUGGGACAAGGACCUAAAAGAAGGUCUUGCCAGUGGGGCUUGGAGCUAGAUACCUCUGUAGCCGGGCCAUUGCUGCAUUCAGGGUUGUUCCAUCCACGGCGUGCAUGUGCCAAGAAAUGUGUUUUCAUGGGUCUAAAUGUUUACCUUGAGUCUUGAAAACACUCUUUUCUUUAAAAGUAUUAAGUACAAUUUUUACCACUUUAUUUCACUUCUCUAAAUUCAAUGGAAUUAUCCCCCCUGGAUUUUGAAAGGCUUUUAUCUUCUUAAUUUUACGAAUGAAAAGACUUAAUUUUUCUUCAAUGCUUGAUGCUCUAGCCAAGACUGUUCACUAUUUUGAAAAAUGUCAUAGUGAUUUUUAAUUAAGAAACUAAUGAGCUGUCCCAGGAAUGUGUUGCUCCUCACCCUAAAUUAAGAGACUGUCCCGAUAGGUUAGAAUUCAACCUUUGAGUCCAUAUUUGGAUUUGAUUAUUGUUGUCUAUGCAUUUCUUAUAUUGGUUAUCUUCCUGUAAAUCUGGUGUCUUUUGUAAGGGGAAAGGAUUUAACAUUUGGAAGAAACCCCACCAUUUAUGUAAUGGACAUAGUUUAAAAAUUGAUAACUGCCAUAUAGAUUGCAAAGUAAAUGGAAACUUAUCUAGAUAAUGCAAGGCACAGUAUCUACAGCAACCACCUAGAUAUACUGGUUUUAAUAUUUAAAACUACUUUUGAAUUAUCCACUGCCUGUAUAGUGAUAGCCAUAUAUUUAAUAAUGGAAUGGUGGUUAAUAGUCUAUUUACUGCACAAUUAAUUGUUCAUUAAUCAUAAUAGAAUGUGAUAAUUUUUCAGACUUUAUGAUCUCUCUAAAUGUUUCCAGAAUUGGCACAAAGUGCUCAAGUUUAUAUACACUUCUUGUAACUGUAUUCUUGUGCCUUGGUUUUAUCAUGUCAAUGCACUGUACCCUAUACAAGUUAUGAAGGCAAAAUAGAAGGCAUGAUAAUUCAUCAGGAUGAUGAUGUAAAAAUGGGAUCCUCUGUAUUUUUUAAAUGUCCUAAAAAUUUUAUCACUGUUAAGGCAUUAAUCAUUCAGUCUUACUAAUGGAAUAGAAAUUCAUACUUUUGUAUGGACAAAGAAUCAAAUCGGUAUUGCAUUUAUAACACUUGUCAAGAAACUUUCCUCUUGAGCAACUGUGUAGAUGAUGGGUGUUUUAUUUUAAAUCGCCAUAUCUGAUUAGUCUUUGAAAACCGGCACCAGUGAUGUCUGUUCACCUGUGUAUGUAAAAGCUGACAGUGAGACACACCGUUCUAAACUGUGAGGGUGCCCCAGGAAAAAGAAACACAGGAAUACUUUUAAAAUAAAAUAAAAUUCUUUUCCUUUUGUUUGUCAAGGACUCAGGAAAAUAAAAGCAUUUUCUAUUUUUAGAAUAAAUCAUAAAUGAAAUACCUAACUGGCUAUUACUGUUUGCCCAUAUAAAACAUGCUGCUGCAGUACAUAAUAUUUUACUCUCAAUGGCUUGUCAAACUUUUUUUUUUUUUAAAUUUGGACGUGAGAGGUUAUAUAAGGAAUAUGUCAUCCAACACAUAUUUUCUUAUUUUGUCACAGAUUUCCACUUAACCAAGAAAAGAGAGGUUCAUACUCUUUUGCAA